GGAAUACCUAAGUCAUUAGAGCCAGAGAGAACGGAAAUGGGUCAGGCAUUUCGUCGAGCAGCUGGAAGGAUUGGAAGCUCCAGAACCGAAGCGUCGUCGUCACAGCUGAAGAACCCAAUUGGAGCACCUCCGCCGCCUCACCCUGAAAGUAUUUCCGUUAAAAAUGUCGGCCCAGGAGCUGAGAGCACUGCAAAAGUUAAUCCCAAGAAUAUUCUUGAAGAACGAGAUCCACAGUUCGAUGGGAUGCUUAGUCAAAUGGUUGGUAGAAUUCGUGCUAAGCCUGGAGGGAAAUCCGAAAUGGGUGAGGCUUCAAUUGUGGGAAAGUAUGAGAGGCCAUUACCAAAACUAAGGAACACAACGACAGAGUCGAGCAGGUACGAGGGAAGGCCAGCGCCUCCCGGGACAUUGAAUGUUGCGCAGUUGCGACAGAUCAUUAUGUUGUAUCAUGGAAAGGGAGAUGACCCUAAUAAUCGAGGUCCCAUGGAUGUCAACCAACUUGCUCAUAAGUUCCAAAUCGAUGUCUCCCAAGUCCAAAGGAUUGUCCAGUUUGUAUCUCUGCCCACCGAGGACGACACCACAGAGCACAAGAAGUUCUGAUUCGCGGUUACUUUUGCACCCAAACAUGAAGUGAGUGCAACAUAUGUCUAGGGCUCAAGAUGUACACUACCCUGCUCUGUAAAAAAAAAAGAAAAAGGUGAGCUUUUCUCCAGACUCUUGUUGUUUUUGCAAUUUUUUACUGUCGAAAACUUCAUAAAAAGUGAGAAACAAGAGAAGUUUAAUGUGCUGAUUUAGUACAUUAUUUACUAGAAAUUAACUUGAACAUUAACUAUUGGGGAGGUAGCCACUAGCCAGCUUGUGGGAUAUGUAUAUCUUCAACCACUUUAGGUUUUUCCUGUUAAUCUUCAGCAUAACAAAACAUAAUUCUUUCUCUCCCGUGAACGAAUUUUGUCCACAAAUUUUUUUACUUUUCAACAGUUUUAUUAAACUCCUUGAAAGUAAAGUGUCACAAAUUUUAUGGGACGGAAAAAGUAUUUUUUUAGGGGGAACAAUAAUAUGAAGUACGUACUAUUUAUUGAAAUGGCGAUUUCUUAAAAUUGAGACAUUUAUUUUAAAAAAAUGAUUUUUUUUAAAAAACCUUUUCUUGUUCGGGCAUGCGGUGUGUAUGAUAAACUGGUCAAAGAAAUAAACAUGAUUAAAAAAGUUUUAUAAAAAAAGGUGUUUGGGAGCUGGAACCAAACUUGGAACGAAGUAAUAGAGGAUCUGCCGCCACCCUUGCCCACCCAAACCAGAUCCGUAAAAGGGCAAAAAAGGAAAACAUGAUUAAAAAAGAGUGAUAUAAGGUGGUUAAAACAAAGGAAUUACUCCGUAUAUUAGGGUCUUGUUUGGCAUCAGUGUUAGCGAUUUGAAAAGGCUAUUUAACAUUAGCGUUUUCACAAUUAAUCUACAUUAUUAAAAUUUUAUUUAAAACGCUAACGCUAAUCGAAGACGCUAUUCCCAAAAAAGGCUUAGAUGGUUU